AUGAAUGUGCUUUGUGGGGCGGAGUACAGAAAAGAGCGCGUGCCGCAUUUUGUCCCCCGCUUGCCCACCAGGCUCCAUUCCCUCUGGAGCGCACACCUAGGCCGUUUGCGUUCCCCGCGUCCCCCCGCCGGAAGCGGCCUGGAGGGGGCCUGGACGCCGCGGUGUCGUGCGCACACUGCUCGGGUGGGCCGGACGCCACGCGGAGGGCUGGGAGGGACUGAGGGGCGCGGGGGGCGGCCUGAAUCCCUGUCCCGCCCCCCCGGAACCCCGCCCCGCCCCGUCCCGGGCGCGCCCGCGCGCGCGGACAUUCUCAGCCCCGACAGCGGCCGCUCAGGUCGGACCUGCGCGCAGCGGCCGGAGAUGCAGCGGGGCGCCGCGCCGUACCUGCGACUGUGGCUCUGCCUCGGACUCCUGGACGGUGGCUCGGCGUCCUCGGAGCCGGGCCCCGUCGGGCUGCGCCCUGGGCCUGGAUCCUUCGUGCCCUUACUCGCUUCCCCGCGGCGCGCCUCUUGGUCCCAACCCACGCGCACCGGAGAUCCCGGGCAUCCCGGCCCGGCCCCAGACUUGGGUGCGCACUUCCCGACGCCCGGAGUCCGCACUUCCCGACGCCCGGAGUCCGCACUCGCGAUUGCUGGUUUAGCAGGGCACCCGGACCAGUGUGUUUUGUGCAGAGUGUUGCGGAGUGCUGCUGCACUGGGGCGCUGGCUGAAGCAGCCGCAACAGCCAAAACGGCUGUGCUUGCAUCCCGUGUCUCUCCUACAGCUGGGAAUUUCCUUGUUCUGUGGGCAACAAAGAUCCAUCUGGAAAUGCGGCUUUGACUCAUCCUCUGCGCGUUCACUGAGAGCUGCGAUCCUGAGUUGUUCUUACCGUGCCAUCUUGAAUCAAGUGCCAGGAGAGGACUUGUUGGCAUCUGAGAGGAAGAAAACAACUGUGCAUGUCCAGAGUCCCCAGUGCAGCUUUGGGGGGUGGUCCCCAGAGGAGACCCAGAUGUCACUGGGAACCCCUCCAGUAGGGUGGGGCCAAGCUCUUCUGACCCCAGCUGGGCUUCCUGCCUGGACUCUGUGGAAUUGCUCAACAAGAUUCAGCGCUGCAGCCUGGGGCCAGGAGUCAGGGCAGUACCAAGACAGUGGGCAGGAGGGCUGCAGAGGGACUUUACAGGCCCUGAAGGCCCAGAGCAUUGACUGCCACGAUGAGACCAGGUCCCUCAGGAGAAUGAUAAGAGAGGGAAAGAGGGAGAAGGCCAGAGCUAGAGGAGCUCAUGAGUCAGAGGGUGAGAGACAAGAGGAAGGAGACAAUUACGUGCUGAUGGUCGUCUGCACUCUUGGACUCUUCCAUAUCUGCUCCAGCAGCUUCAGGAUGUUGGGAGCAGCAGCGGUGAUGGGGCGGCCAUGGGAAGGAAAGGGGAGAGUGAGACUUGAGGAGGCACUCGGCCCCUGCUGUCCUGAGGCUGCGGAGCCAACCCCACAGGCUCCGGUGUGCUCAUCUCCAGAUCCUUCUCCGCAGCCUGGAUCACUUCCUACAGUGAGGGAGGAGCCUCUGUCUUCCCAUACACUUUCCCAGCCCUCACAUCCUGUAACUGCCCAGGCAGGGAAGGCCAAGGCCGUGUCAUCCCAUUCCUCCAAGAGGCAGCCACCAUCUCCAGGACGUUGUGCACAGUAUGUGAUUCCCUCCCUCCUACUCUAGGGCCUGUCUGCUCUUCUGAUUAAUCCCAUGUCUUUUCUCCCUGUCAAUCACCAAUCCCGCUGCUCUCCAACAAAACACAGGAGGGAAGAGCAGGACUGUACCACCAGGCCUUCCAUAAACCCAUGGGUUGCACCCUAGGUGGGCAGCACCUGCCACAGACCUGGGGCUCAGUUGGAGCCUGUGGGACGGGGUGACAACUGAUGUCACAGAUUGACUGUUGUAUGCCUGGGAUGACCUUAGGGACCUGGAAAAUACUCAACCCUCACAAGAAUCCCACAAGCUACUGGAAGCUUAGAAACACUGUAACGGGACUCUAGACAAAGCCCCAUGUCCCACUGCCUUAAUCCUCAAGGGAGGCUGUGGUUCUCAGCACAUGAAUGAAUGGGCCCUGCCCGUUUUACCUGAGAUGUGGGAGGACUGGGCGGGAGGGCACCUGGCAGGCCUGACACAGAAAACAAGCUGGGCCUGACUGCAGUGUGGGGUGCAGGACAAGGAUGUCAGGCCAGAACGGAGGGUGUAACAAGACAAGUGACCCCGGUGCCAGCUGCCCAGCGGCUCUGUCCUGGGCCCAGUGGAUUCCAGGAACCAGGUUAUAAGGGUGUGAGCCUGCAGCAACACACAGCCACUCCACACACACACCCUAGGAUUCCUGCUGGCCACAGAGGGCCUCGGUAACAGCUGGACACUGAAUUCUUUAAACCAAUUCAACUUCCAUUCGUAGCUCAACGAUUUGGGACUGGGUGAGAAGUGGAGGCCAGAGUCGUGCUCCACCAUGGGAUCCCCCCUUGGGUCUCUAGGAUGGGGGCACACUGAGUAAUCCCAAAGGAGGAUUCUCUACUUCAGGAGACCCAGGGAGUGCCCUGUGACCAGGAGCAGAUGCUGAGGGCUGGACAGGAAGGUGCUGCUGCAGGUCCCCAGAGUGCAGAUGGAGAGGGUGAGCUCCUGGCACAUGCAUGAAGGACUUUGUGUCCAGGGUCACAGAGCACCUGUGAGGGGCUGUGUCCCACCUCACUCCCCAUACAUUACUGAAUGCCACACCCACACACUCAUCUCUUGUUCCCAUUCAAAAAGGACACUAUGCCCCCUCCCCCCACAAAACCCAGGGCUUUCAUGUUUGCUGUGGCACAGGCAGGAGAGAUCUGGCCUCCUGGAAAAGAUCAUCUUGCUCAUCAGGGAACAAAUCAUGGGUAUGAGCAGAGCACACACGACGCCCAUGGAAACAAAGCUCCUUCAAUUUCUCAUUAACAUGCAGAAAGAAAAAACCACACCUUUAUACCUGAGCAUGUCGAAUGCUUGUGAAAAUCGGGUUAUCCAACACAAUAGAGUAUGUCCCUGAUUUAUUUCUCUGCUUCAGACCAGGAGCUGAGGAAUGAUGCCUACCACUACCACCAACCACCUGUGAGCUCGCUUCUCUGUGUUUCACAUUAAUAAAUGCACAUAGAAAAGUCCAGCAUAACAUGUAUCUACUGAUACCCUGCGUCAGGCAGCCCUUGAGACUUCCCUAAAAUGACAGACAGUGUUUGGGACCUCUCAGGACUCUUAUCCUUCCACAUGCACAAACAGAUGCCAGAACUGCCUGGCAUAACGACGAGUUCUACCAGGGCCGCCUGGUGACCCACUGCAUCAACCCUCCUCCCAUUUCCGGAGUUCAGAUUUGCUUCUUCCAUUUGGGAGACUGAGAGCCUGGGAAAUCCAUCUCUGCACCAUCUCUGUCUGAGGAGUGAGGAUAUGACAUUUACCUUCAGGUACAGCCGUGGUGGAGGAUGAAUGGGUGAAUUUAGGUGACAUGUGCAGUAGCAAUUCAAUGUUUUAGACAGUUUUUCUGAAUUUUCUGGGAAAACACGCAUACACUCCCAAAGACAUUCCCAAUCACUCCACAGGGCUGUCUCCUCCAUACCUCACCGCCCUGAGGCACACCACCCUAUUCCAUCUAAAUGGCAGUUCUGCCUCCAGGGACGCGAGAGGAUGGUCAUGGUUCUUUACUGGAUGGACUGAGCGUUUUUUAAACCAAACUGCCCCUAUCUCCUUUCUGUCAGGAAGCUCAAACCAAAGCAGCCCCCCAGCAAAAGCAGGAGAGUGAGUGCCACCUGUUGCCACACUCAAGAUCUUUCCUGAGCGGAGGAGCGCUCCCAGAAUACACACCUUUUUCCUUGGAGGGUUCCUCUGCCUGCAUGGACAGAAAGGAAAACACCGUGAGCUUCAGACCAUCCUGAGGCUUGAGUGUACAGGUCUUUUCUUCAUUGUUGACAUUAGAAGACCAGAUGGGAAAGAGUGUCCAAGUCAGAGGAACACAGAAGAAGAACAGGACAACUGACGCUAACGUCGUUCUCGCAGGAUAUUCCCUCUCAAGGUCCUGUGACUUGGCAGUGAAGUGCUUCUGCCCCAAGCACGGAAUCAAGCUGCAGAGGAGGAAGCUCACUGUCACUAAGUGCGUGGCUGGUGCUGCCAUUUUCUCCUCCUGUCUUAAAUCAAGCCUCAGUGGGGAACAGACUCUCACUCGGAAUUCUCCCCACCAAAGACACUGUAUAAAUCACCUAUGACACAUAGGGUCAGAUUCUCCUACCGUACUGAAAUUCAAAAGGAUAAAGUUGAGAAAUCUUUUCUCCAACCAAACCAGGUGGACUGACCUUCCCCUGUGGUGGCUCCUCCUCAUCUGAGGAUUGGUAGGAGAACUCUUCCAGCACGGUGUAUCCUGUGGGAAGUAAAAGGACACAGAGUGAGUCAGCAGGUGCAGAAGAGGAGCAGGGAAGAGAGGUUCUCUAGCCCCAGGUCACCCCAUCAACGUGAAAUAGCCCAUCUCAAACAGGGCACAGCACCCAGGGCAGGCUGUGUGUCCCUGCAGGCUCUUCAGGCUCCUGCCUCCUAAUCUGACUUGAGCUCACUUGCCCUCCCUGAGUCCUUCCAAUCUCAUUUCCCCCCUAGAAUCCACCUCUGGUGCUUCUGCGUGCAUCAGUCAUUCUGCAAUAUGUUAUACUUGGUACAAAGCAACCUUUCUUCUGAGACAUCUCAUUCGAGCCAAAUACACGCUAUGUUCACCAGUCUGUUGUACUGAAGACAAUAAAGCUUUGAAAAUACUUAGUUAUCCUCUCCUUUAAAGGUCGCCCCUAUUUAGCAAGUGCUAUCUGUUGUUGCACUGACCUUCUCAAGGCAACAUCUGCGUGUGUCAAGAGUUCAUUGCUGCUCACACUCACGCUGGCUCUGACACUGGAACAGUCUGUCAGGGGAGCAGCAGGUGGGGGAACUGACCGGAGCUCUCCAUCCCAGCCGUGCAGCAGGUUCCUGCGGGGAAGAUGGCCUCUUACCCAAGCUGGAGUGGUGUGACAUGAUCACUGUUCACUGGAACCUGCACCUCCAGGGAUCAAGUGACCUUCCCCACUCUGCCAUCCAGGUAGCUGGCACAAAAUGCGUGCCACCACACCCAGGUAACUUUUUGUACUUUUAGUCGAUAUGAACUUUCACCACGUUGCCUAGGCCGAUCUCCAACUCCUGGACUCAAGCAAUCCCCUCGCCUCGACCUCUCAAGGUGCCAGGAUUACAGGCAUGAGCCAUGCACCCGGCCCACCUGAGCAUGUCGAAUGCUUGUGAAAAUCGGGUUAUCCAACACAAUAGAGUAUGUCCCUGAUUUAUUUCUCUGCUUCAGACCAGGAGCUGAGGAAUGAUGCCACCACUACCACCAACCACCUGUGAGCUCGCUUCUCUGUGUUUCACAUUAAUAAAUGCACAUAGAAAAGUCCAGCAUAACAUGUAUCUACUGAUACCCUGCGUCAGGCAGCCCUUGAGACUUCCCUAAAAUGACAGACAGUGUUUGGGACCUCUCAGGACUCUUAUCCUUCCACAUGCACAAACAGAUGCCAGAACUGCCUGGCAUAACGACGAGUUCUACCAGGGCCGCCUGGUGACCCACUGCAUCAACCCUCCUCCCAUUUCCGGAGUUCAGAUUUGCUUCUUCCAUUUGGGAGACUGAGAGCCUGGGAAAUCCAUCUCUGCACCAUCUCUGUCUGAGGAGUGAGGAUAUGACAUUUACCUUCAGGUACAGCCGUGGUGGAGGAUGAAUGGGUGAAUUUAGGUGACAUGUGCAGUAGCAAUUCAAUGUUUUAGACAGUUUUUCUGAAUUUUCUGGGAAAACACGCAUACACUCCCAAAGACAUUCCCAAUCACUCCACAGGGCUGUCUCCUCCAUACCUCACCGCCCUGAGGCACACCACCCUAUUCCAUCUAAAUGGCAGUUCUGCCUCCAGGGACGCGAGAGGAUGGUCAUGGUUCUUUACUGGAUGGACUGAGCGUUUUUUAAACCAAACUGCCCCUAUCUCCUUUCUGUCAGGAAGCUCAAACCAAAGCAGCCCCCCAGCAAAAGCAGGAGAGUGAGUGCCACCUGUUGCCACACUCAAGAUCUUUCCUGAGCGGAGGAGCGCUCCCAGAAUACACACCUUUUUCCUUGGAGGGUUCCUCUGCCUGCAUGGACAGAAAGGAAAACACCGUGAGCUUCAGACCAUCCUGAGGCUUGAGUGUACAGGUCUUUUCUUCAUUGUUGACAUUAGAAGACCAGAUGGGAAAGAGUGUCCAAGUCAAAGGAACACAGAAGAAGAACAGGACAGCUGACUCACGCUAACGUCGUUCUCGCAGGAUAUUCCCUCUCAAGGUCCUGUGACUUGGCAGUGAAGUGCUUCUGCCCCAAGCACGGAAUCAAGCUGCAGAGGAGGAAGCUCACUGUCACUAAGUGCGUGGCUGGUGCUGCCAUUUUCUCCUCCUGUCUUAAAUCAAGCCUCAGUGGGGAACAGACUCUCACUCGGAAUUCUCCCCACCAAAGACACUGUAUAAAUCACCUAUGACACAUAGGGUCAGAUUCUCCUACCGUACUGAAAUUCAAAAGGAUAAAGUUGAGAAAUCUUUUCUCCAACCAAACCAGGUGGACUGACCUUCCCCUGUGGUGGCUCCUCCUCAUCUGAGGAUUGGUAGGAGAACUCUUCCAGCACGGUGUAUCCUGUGGGAAGUAAAAGGACACAGAGUGAGUCAGCAGGUGCAGAAGAGGAGCAGGGAAGAGAGGUUCUCUAGCCCCAGGUCACCCCAUCAACGUGAAAUAGCCCAUCUCAAACAGGGCACAGCACCCAGGGCAGGCUGUGUGUCCCUGCAGGCUCUUCAGGCUCCUGCCUCCUAAUCUGACUUGAGCUCACUUGCCCUCCCUGAGUCCUUCCAAUCUCAUUUCCCCCCUAGAAUCCACCUCUGGUGCUUCUGCGUGCAUCAGUCAUUCUGCAAUAUGUUAUACUUGGUACAAAGCAACCUUUCUUCUGAGACAUCUCAUUCGAGCCAAAUACACGCUAUGUUCACCAGUCUGUUGUACUGAAGACAAUAAAGCUUUGAAAAUACUUAGUUAUCCUCUCCUUUAAAGGUCGCCCCUAUUUAGCAAGUGCUAUCUGUUGUUGCACUGACCUUCUCAAGGCAACAUCUGCGUGUGUCAAGAGUUCAUUGCUGCUCACACUCACGCUGGCUCUGACACUGGAACAGUCUGUCAGGGGAGCAGCAGGUGGGGGAACUGACCGGAGCUCUCCAUCCCAGCCGUGCAGCAGGUUCCUGCGGGGAAGAUGGCCUCUUACCCAAGCUGGAGUGGUGUGACAUGAUCACUGUUCACUGGAACCUGCACCUCCAGGGAUCAAGUGACCUUCCCCACUCUGCCAUCCAGGUAGCUGGCACAAAAUGCGCGCCACCACACCCAGGUAACUUUUUGUACUUUUAGUCGAUAUGAACUUUCACCACGUUGCCUAGGCCGAUCUCCAACUCCUGGACUCAAGCAAUCCCCUCGCCUCGACCUCUCAAGGUGCCAGGAUUACAGGCAUGAGCCAUGCACCCGGCCCACCUGAGCAUGUCGAAUGCUUGUGAAAAUCGGGUUAUCCAACACAAUAGAGUAUGUCCCUGAUUUAUUUCUCUGCUUCAGACCAGGAGCUGAGGAAUGAUGCCACCACUACCACCAACCACCUGUGAGCUCGCUUCUCUGUGUUUCACAUUAAUAAAUGCACAUAGAAAAGUCCAGCAUAACAUGUAUCUACUGAUACCCUGCGUCAGGCAGCCCUUGAGACUUCCCUAAAAUGACAGACAGUGUUUGGGACCUCUCAGGACUCUUAUCCUUCCACAUGCACAAACAGAUGCCAGAACUGCCUGGCAUAACGACGAGUUCUACCAGGGCCGCCUGGUGACCCACUGCAUCAACCCUCCUCCCAUUUCCGGAGUUCAGAUUUGCUUCUUCCAUUUGGGAGACUGAGAGCCUGGGAAAUCCAUCUCUGCACCAUCUCUGUCUGAGGAGUGAGGAUAUGACAUUUACCUUCAGGUACAGCCGUGGUGGAGGAUGAAUGGGUGAAUUUAGGUGACAUGUGCAGUAGCAAUUCAAUGUUUUAGACAGUUUUUCUGAAUUUUCUGGGAAAACACGCAUACACUCCCAAAGACAUUCCCAAUCACUCCACAGGGCUGUCUCCUCCAUACCUCACCGCCCUGAGGCACACCACCCUAUUCCAUCUAAAUGGCAGUUCUGCCUCCAGGGACGCGAGAGGAUGGUCAUGGUUCUUUACUGGAUGGACUGAGCGUUUUUUAAACCAAACUGCCCCUAUCUCCUUUCUGUCAGGAAGCUCAAACCAAAGCAGCCCCCCAGCAAAAGCAGGAGAGUGAGUGCCACCUGUUGCCACACUCAAGAUCUUUCCUGAGCGGAGGAGCGCUCCCAGAAUACACACCUUUUUCCUUGGAGGGUUCCUCUGCCUGCAUGGACAGAAAGGAAAACACCGUGAGCUUCAGACCAUCCUGAGGCUUGAGUGUACAGGUCUUUUCUUCAUUGUUGACAUUAGAAGACCAGAUGGGAAAGAGUGUCCAAGUCAAAGGAACACAGAAGAAGAACAGGACAGCUGACUCACGCUAACGUCGUUCUCGCAGGAUAUUCCCUCUCAAGGUCCUGUGACUUGGCAGUGAAGUGCUUCUGCCCCAAGCACGGAAUCAAGCUGCAGAGGAGGAAGCUCACUGUCACUAAGUGCGUGGCUGGUGCUGCCAUUUUCUCCUCCUGUCUUAAAUCAAGCCUCAGUGGGGAACAGACUCUCACUCGGAAUUCUCCCCACCAAAGACACUGUAUAAAUCACCUAUGACACAUAGGGUCAGAUUCUCCUACCGUACUGAAAUUCAAAAGGAUAAAGUUGAGAAAUCUUUUCUCCAACCAAACCAGGUGGACUGACCUUCCCCUGUGGUGGCUCCUCCUCAUCUGAGGAUUGGUAGGAGAACUCUUCCAGCACGGUGUAUCCUGUGGGAAGUAAAAGGACACAGAGUGAGUCAGCAGGUGCAGAAGAGGAGCAGGGAAGAGAGGUUCUCUAGCCCCAGGUCACCCCAUCAACGUGAAAUAGCCCAUCUCAAACAGGGCACAGCACCCAGGGCAGGCUGUGUGUCCCUGCAGGCUCUUCAGGCUCCUGCCUCCUAAUCUGACUUGAGCUCACUUGCCCUCCCUGAGUCCUUCCAAUCUCAUUUCCCCCCUAGAAUCCACCUCUGGUGCUUCUGCGUGCAUCAGUCAUUCUGCAAUAUGUUAUACUUGGUACAAAGCAACCUUUCUUCUGAGACAUCUCAUUCGAGCCAAAUACACGCUAUGUUCACCAGUCUGUUGUACUGAAGACAAUAAAGCUUUGAAAAUACUUAGUUAUCCUCUCCUUUAAAGGUCGCCCCUAUUUAGCAAGUGCUAUCUGUUGUUGCACUGACCUUCUCAAGGCAACAUCUGCGUGUGUCAAGAGUUCAUUGCUGCUCACACUCACGCUGGCUCUGACACUGGAACAGUCUGUCAGGGGAGCAGCAGGUGGGGGAACUGACCGGAGCUCUCCAUCCCAGCCGUGCAGCAGGUUCCUGCGGGGAAGAUGGCCUCUUACCCAAGCUGGAGUGGUGUGACAUGAUCACUGUUCACUGGAACCUGCACCUCCAGGGAUCAAGUGACCUUCCCCACUCUGCCAUCCAGGUAGCUGGCACAAAAUGCGCGCCACCACACCCAGGUAACUUUUUGUACUUUUAGUCGAUAUGAACUUUCACCACGUUGCCUAGGCCGAUCUCCAACUCCUGGACUCAAGCAAUCCCCUCGCCUCGACCUCUCAAGGUGCCAGGAUUACAGGCAUGAGCCAUGCACCCGGCCCACCUGAGCAUGUCGAAUGCUUGUGAAAAUCGGGUUAUCCAACACAAUAGAGUAUGUCCCUGAUUUAUUUCUCUGCUUCAGACCAGGAGCUGAGGAAUGAUGCCACCACUACCACCAACCACCUGUGAGCUCGCUUCUCUGUGUUUCACAUUAAUAAAUGCACAUAGAAAAGUCCAGCAUAACAUGUAUCUACUGAUACCCUGCGUCAGGCAGCCCUUGAGACUUCCCUAAAAUGACAGACAGUGUUUGGGACCUCUCAGGACUCUUAUCCUUCCACAUGCACAAACAGAUGCCAGAACUGCCUGGCAUAACGACGAGUUCUACCAGGGCCGCCUGGUGACCCACUGCAUCAACCCUCCUCCCAUUUCCGGAGUUCAGAUUUGCUUCUUCCAUUUGGGAGACUGAGAGCCUGGGAAAUCCAUCUCUGCACCAUCUCUGUCUGAGGAGUGAGGAUAUGACAUUUACCUUCAGGUACAGCCGUGGUGGAGGAUGAAUGGGUGAAUUUAGGUGACAUGUGCAGUAGCAAUUCAAUGUUUUAGACAGUUUUUCUGAAUUUUCUGGGAAAACACGCAUACACUCCCAAAGACAUUCCCAAUCACUCCACAGGGCUGUCUCCUCCAUACCUCACCGCCCUGAGGCACACCACCCUAUUCCAUCUAAAUGGCAGUUCUGCCUCCAGGGACGCGAGAGGAUGGUCAUGGUUCUUUACUGGAUGGACUGAGCGUUUUUUAAACCAAACUGCCCCUAUCUCCUUUCUGUCAGGAAGCUCAAACCAAAGCAGCCCCCCAGCAAAAGCAGGAGAGUGAGUGCCACCUGUUGCCACACUCAAGAUCUUUCCUGAGCGGAGGAGCGCUCCCAGAAUACACACCUUUUUCCUUGGAGGGUUCCUCUGCCUGCAUGGACAGAAAGGAAAACACCGUGAGCUUCAGACCAUCCUGAGGCUUGAGUGUACAGGUCUUUUCUUCAUUGUUGACAUUAGAAGACCAGAUGGGAAAGAGUGUCCAAGUCAGAGGAACACAGAAGAAGAACAGGACAACUGACUCACGCUAACGUCGUUCUCGCAGGAUAUUCCCUCUCAAGGUCCUGUGACUUGGCAGUGAAGUGAUUCUGCCCCAAGCACGGAAUCAAGCUGCAGAGGAGGAAGCUCACUGUCACUAAGUGCGUGGCUGGUGCUGCCAUUUUCUCCUCCUGUCUUAAAUCAAGCCUCAGUGGGGAACAGACUCUCACUCGGAAUUCUCCCCACCAAAGACACUGUAUAAAUCACCUAUGACACAUAGGGUCAGAUUCUCCUACCGUACUGAAAUUCAAAAGGAUAAAGUUGAGAAAUCUUUUCUCCAACCAAACCAGGUGGACUGACCUUCCCCUGUGGUGGCUCCUCCUCAUCUGAGGAUUGGUAGGAGAACUCUUCCAGCACGGUGUAUCCUGUGGGAAGUAAAAGGACACAGAGUGAGUCAGCAGGUGCAGAAGAGGAGCAGGGAAGAGAGGUUCUCUAGCCCCAGGUCACCCCAUCAACGUGAAAUAGCCCAUCUCAAACAGGGCACAGCACCCAGGGCAGGCUGUGUGUCCCUGCAGGCUCUUCAGGCUCCUGCCUCCUAAUCUGACUUGAGCUCACUUGCCCUCCCUGAGUCCUUCCAAUCUCAUUUCCCCCCUAGAAUCCACCUCUGGUGCUUCUGCGUGCAUCAGUCAUUCUGCAAUAUGUUAUACUUGGUACAAAGCAACCUUUCUUCUGAGACAUCUCAUUCGAGCCAAAUACACGCUAUGUUCACCAGUCUGUUGUACUGAAGACAAUAAAGCUUUGAAAAUACUUAGUUAUCCUCUCCUUUAAAGGUCGCCCCUAUUUAGCAAGUGCUAUCUGUUGUUGCACUGACCUUCUCAAGGCAACAUCUGCGUGUGUCAAGAGUUCAUUGCUGCUCACACUCACGCUGGCUCUGACACUGGAACAGUCUGUCAGGGGAGCAGCAGGUGGGGGAACUGACCGGAGCUCUCCAUCCCAGCCGUGCAGCAGGUUCCUGCGGGGAAGAUGGCCUCUUACCCAAGCUGGAGUGGUGUGACAUGAUCACUGUUCACUGGAACCUGCACCUCCAGGGAUCAAGUGACCUUCCCCACUCUGCCAUCCAGGUAGCUGGCACAAAAUGCGCGCCACCACACCCAGGUAACUUUUUGUACUUUUAGUCGAUAUGAACUUUCACCACGUUGCCUAGGCCGAUCUCCAACUCCUGGACUCAAGCAAUCCCCUCGCCUCGACCUCUCAAGGUGCCAGGAUUACAGGCAUGAGCCAUGCACCCGGCCCACCUGAGCAUGUCGAAUGCUUGUGAAAAUCGGGUUAUCCAACACAAUAGAGUAUGUCCCUGAUUUAUUUCUCUGCUUCAGACCAGGAGCUGAGGAAUGAUGCCACCACUACCACCAACCACCUGUGAGCUCGCUUCUCUGUGUUUCACAUUAAUAAAUGCACAUAGAAAAGUCCAGCAUAACAUGUAUCUACUGAUACCCUGCGUCAGGCAGCCCUUGAGACUUCCCUAAAAUGACAGACAGUGUUUGGGACCUCUCAGGACUCUUAUCCUUCCACAUGCACAAACAGAUGCCAGAACUGCCUGGCAUAACGACGAGUUCUACCAGGGCCGCCUGGUGACCCACUGCAUCAACCCUCCUCCCAUUUCCGGAGUUCAGAUUUGCUUCUUCCAUUUGGGAGACUGAGAGCCUGGGAAAUCCAUCUCUGCACCAUCUCUGUCUGAGGAGUGAGGAUAUGACAUUUACCUUCAGGUACAGCCGUGGUGGAGGAUGAAUGGGUGAAUUUAGGUGACAUGUGCAGUAGCAAUUCAAUGUUUUAGACAGUUUUUCUGAAUUUUCUGGGAAAACACGCAUACACUCCCAAAGACAUUCCCAAUCACUCCACAGGGCUGUCUCCUCCAUACCUCACCGCCCUGAGGCACACCACCCUAUUCCAUCUAAAUGGCAGUUCUGCCUCCAGGGACGCGAGAGGAUGGUCAUGGUUCUUUACUGGAUGGACUGAGCGUUUUUUAAACCAAACUGCCCCUAUCUCCUUUCUGUCAGGAAGCUCAAACCAAAGCAGCCCCCCAGCAAAAGCAGGAGAGUGAGUGCCACCUGUUGCCACACUCAAGAUCUUUCCUGAGCGGAGGAGCGCUCCCAGAAUACACACCUUUUUCCUUGGAGGGUUCCUCUGCCUGCAUGGACAGAAAGGAAAACACCGUGAGCUUCAGACCAUCCUGAGGCUUGAGUGUACAGGUCUUUUCUUCAUUGUUGACAUUAGAAGACCAGAUGGGAAAGAGUGUCCGAGUCAAAGGAACACAGAAGAAGAACAGGACAGCUGACUCACGCUAACGUCGUUCUCGCAGGAUAUUCCCUCUCAAGGUCCUGUGACUUGGCAGUGAAGUGCUUCUGCCCCAAGCACGGAAUCAAGCUGCAGAGGAGGAAGCUCACUGUCACUAAGUGCGUGGCUGGUGCUGCCAUUUUCUCCUCCUGUCUUAAAUCAAGCCUCAGUGGGGAACAGACUCUCACUCGGAAUUCUCCCCACCAAAGACACUGUAUAAAUCACCUAUGACACAUAGGGUCAGAUUCUCCUACCGUACUGAAAUUCAAAAGGAUAAAGUUGAGAAAUCUUUUCUCCAACCAAACCAGGUGGACUGACCUUCCCCUGUGGUGGCUCCUCCUCAUCUGAGGAUUGGUAGGAGAACUCUUCCAGCACGGUGUAUCCUGUGGGAAGUAAAAGGACACAGAGUGAGUCAGCAGGUGCAGAAGAGGAGCAGGGAAGAGAGGUUCUCUAGCCCCAGGUCACCCCAUCAACGUGAAAUAGCCCAUCUCAAACAGGGCACAGCACCCAGGGCAGGCUGUGUGUCCCUGCAGGCUCUUCAGGCUCCUGCCUCCUAAUCUGACUUGAGCUCACUUGCCCUCCCUGAGUCCUUCCAAUCUCAUUUCCCCCCUAGAAUCCACCUCUGGUGCUUCUGCGUGCAUCAGUCAUUCUGCAAUAUGUUAUACUUGGUACAAAGCAACCUUUCUUCUGAGACAUCUCAUUCGAGCCAAAUACACGCUAUGUUCACCAGUCUGUUGUACUGAAGACAAUAAAGCUUUGAAAAUACUUAGUUAUCCUCUCCUUUAAAGGUCGCCCCUAUUUAGCAAGUGCUAUCUGUUGUUGCACUGACCUUCUCAAGGCAACAUCUGCGUGUGUCAAGAGUUCAUUGCUGCUCACACUCACGCUGGCUCUGACACUGGAACAGUCUGUCAGGGGAGCAGCAGGUGGGGGAACUGACCGGAGCUCUCCAUCCCAGCCGUGCAGCAGGUUCCUGCGGGGAAGAUGGCCUCUUACCCAAGCUGGAGUGGUGUGACAUGAUCACUGUUCACUGGAACCUGCACCUCCAGGGAUCAAGUGACCUUCCCCACUCUGCCAUCCAGGUAGCUGGCACAAAAUGCGCGCCACCACACCCAGGUAACUUUUUGUACUUUUAGUCGAUAUGAACUUUCACCACGUUGCCUAGGCCGAUCUCCAACUCCUGGACUCAAGCAAUCCCCUCGCCUCGACCUCUCAAGGUGCCAGGAUUACAGGCAUGAGCCAUGCACCCGGCCCACCUGAGCAUGUCGAAUGCUUGUGAAAAUCGGGUUAUCCAACACAAUAGAGUAUGUCCCUGAUUUAUUUCUCUGCUUCAGACCAGGAGCUGAGGAAUGAUGCCACCACUACCACCAACCACCUGUGAGCUCGCUUCUCUGUGUUUCACAUUAAUAAAUGCACAUAGAAAAGUCCAGCAUAACAUGUAUCUACUGAUACCCUGCGUCAGGCAGCCCUUGAGACUUCCCUAAAAUGACAGACAGUGUUUGGGACCUCUCAGGACUCUUAUCCUUCCACAUGCACAAACAGAUGCCAGAACUGCCUGGCAUAACGACGAGUUCUACCAGGGCCGCCUGGUGACCCACUGCAUCAACCCUCCUCCCAUUUCCGGAGUUCAGAUUUGCUUCUUCCAUUUGGGAGACUGAGAGCCUGGGAAAUCCAUCUCUGCACCAUCUCUGUCUGAGGAGUGAGGAUAUGACAUUUACCUUCAGGUACAGCCGUGGUGGAGGAUGAAUGGGUGAAUUUAGGUGACAUGUGCAGUAGCAAUUCAAUGUUUUAGACAGUUUUUCUGAAUUUUCUGGGAAAACACGCAUACACUCCCAAAGACAUUCCCAAUCACUCCACAGGGCUGUCUCCUCCAUACCUCACCGCCCUGAGGCACACCACCCUAUUCCAUCUAAAUGGCAGUUCUGCCUCCAGGGACGCGAGAGGAUGGUCAUGGUUCUUUACUGGAUGGACUGAGCGUUUUUUAAACCAAACUGCCCCUAUCUCCUUUCUGUCAGGAAGCUCAAACCAAAGCAGCCCCCCAGCAAAAGCAGGAGAGUGAGUGCCACCUGUUGCCACACUCAAGAUCUUUCCUGAGCGGAGGAGCGCUCCCAGAAUACACACCUUUUUCCUUGGAGGGUUCCUCUGCCUGCAUGGACAGAAAGGAAAACACCGUGAGCUUCAGACCAUCCUGAGGCUUGAGUGUACAGGUCUUUUCUUCAUUGUUGACAUUAGAAGACCAGAUGGGAAAGAGUGUCCAAGUCAGAGGAACACAGAAGAAGAACAGGACAACUGACUCACGCUAACGUCGUUCUCGCAGGAUAUUCCCUCUCAAGGUCCUGUGACUUGGCAGUGAAGUGAUUCUGCCCCAAGCACGGAAUCAAGCUGCAGAGGAGGAAGCUCACUGUCACUAAGUGCGUGGCUGGUGCUGCCAUUUUCUCCUCCUGUCUUAAAUCAAGCCUCAGUGGGGAACAGACUCUCACUCGGAAUUCUCCCCACCAAAGACACUGUAUAAAUCACCUAUGACACAUAGGGUCAGAUUCUCCUACCGUACUGAAAUUCAAAAGGAUAAAGUUGAGAAAUCUUUUCUCCAACCAAACCAGGUGGACUGACCUUCCCCUGUGGUGGCUCCUCCUCAUCUGAGGAUUGGUAGGAGAACUCUUCCAGCACGGUGUAUCCUGUGGGAAGUAAAAGGACACAGAGUGAGUCAGCAGGUGCAGAAGAGGAGCAGGGAAGAGAGGUUCUCUAGCCCCAGGUCACCCCAUCAACGUGAAAUAGCCCAUCUCAAACAGGGCACAGCACCCAGGGCAGGCUGUGUGUCCCUGCAGGCUCUUCAGGCUCCUGCCUCUUAAUCUGACUUGAGCUCACUUGCCCUCCCUGAGUCCUUCCAAUCUCAUUUCCCCCCUAGAAUCCACCUCUGGUGCUUCUGCGUGCAUCAGUCAUUCUGCAAUAUGUUAUACUUGGUACAAAGCAACCUUUCUUCUGAGACAUCUCAUUCGAGCCAAAUACACGCUAUGUUCACCAGUCUGUUGUACUGAAGACAAUAAAGCUUUGAAAAUACUUAGUUAUCCUCUCCUUUAAAGGUCGCCCCUAUUUAGCAAGUGCUAUCUGUUGUUGCACUGACCUUCUCAAGGCAACAUCUGCGUGUGUCAAGAGUUCAUUGCUGCUCACACUCACGCUGGCUCUGACACUGGAACAGUCUGUCAGGGGAGCAGCAGGUGGGGGAACUGACCGGAGCUCUCCAUCCCAGCCGUGCAGCAGGUUCCUGCGGGGAAGAUGGCCUCUUACCCAAGCUGGAGUGGUGUGACAUGAUCACUGUUCACUGGAACCUGCACCUCCAGGGAUCAAGUGACCUUCCCCACUCUGCCAUCCAGGUAGCUGGCACAAAAUGCGCGCCACCACACCCAGGUAACUUUUUGUACUUUUAGUCGAUAUGAACUUUCACCACGUUGCCUAGGCCGAUCUCCAACUCCUGGACUCAAGCAAUCCCCUCGCCUCGACCUCUCAAGGUGCCAGGAUUACAGGCAUGAGCCAUGCACCCGGCCCACCUGAGCAUGUCGAAUGCUUGUGAAAAUCGGGUUAUCCAACACAAUAGAGUAUGUCCCUGAUUUAUUUCUCUGCUUCAGACCAGGAGCUGAGGAAUGAUGCCACCACUACCACCAACCACCUGUGAGCUCGCUUCUCUGUGUUUCACAUUAAUAAAUGCACAUAGAAAAGUCCAGCAUAACAUGUAUCUACUGAUACCCUGCGUCAGGCAGCCCUUGAGACUUCCCUAAAAUGACAGACAGUGUUUGGGACCUCUCAGGACUCUUAUCCUUCCACAUGCACAAACAGAUGCCAGAACUGCCUGGCAUAACGACGAGUUCUACCAGGGCCGCCUGGUGACCCACUGCAUCAACCCUCCUCCCAUUUCCGGAGUUCAGAUUUGCUUCUUCCAUUUGGGAGACUGAGAGCCUGGGAAAUCCAUCUCUGCACCAUCUCUGUCUGAGGAGUGAGGAUAUGACAUUUACCUUCAGGUACAGCCGUGGUGGAGGAUGAAUGGGUGAAUUUAGGUGACAUGUGCAGUAGCAAUUCAAUGUUUUAGACAGUUUUUCUGAAUUUUCUGGGAAAACACGCAUACACUCCCAAAGACAUUCCCAAUCACUCCACAGGGCUGUCUCCUCCAUACCUCACCGCCCUGAGGCACACCACCCUAUUCCAUCUAAAUGGCAGUUCUGCCUCCAGGGACGCGAGAGGAUGGUCAUGGUUCUUUACUGGAUGGACUGAGCGUUUUUUAAACCAAACUGCCCCUAUCUCCUUUCUGUCAGGAAGCUCAAACCAAAGCAGCCCCCCAGCAAAAGCAGGAGAGUGAGUGCCACCUGUUGCCACACUCAAGAUCUUUCCUGAGCGGAGGAGCGCUCCCAGAAUACACACCUUUUUCCUUGGAGGGUUCCUCUGCCUGCAUGGACAGAAAGGAAAACACCGUGAGCUUCAGACCAUCCUGAGGCUUGAGUGUACAGGUCUUUUCUUCAUUGUUGACAUUAGAAGACCAGAUGGGAAAGAGUGUCCGAGUCAAAGGAACACAGAAGAAGAACAGGACAGCUGACUCACGCUAACGUCGUUCUCGCAGGAUAUUCCCUCUCAAGGUCCUGUGACUUGGCAGUGAAGUGCUUCUGCCCCAAGCACGGAAUCAAGCUGCAGAGGAGGAAGCUCACUGUCACUAAGUGCGUGGCUGGUGCUGCCAUUUUCUCCUCCUGUCUUAAAUCAAGCCUCAGUGGGGAACAGACUCUCACUCGGAAUUCUCCCCACCAAAGACACUGUAUAAAUCACCUAUGACACAUAGGGUCAGAUUCUCCUACCGUACUGAAAUUCAAAAGGAUAAAGUUGAGAAAUCUUUUCUCCAACCAAACCAGGUGGACUGACCUUCCCCUGUGGUGGCUCCUCCUCAUCUGAGGAUUGGUAGGAGAACUCUUCCAGCACGGUGUAUCCUGUGGGAAGUAAAAGGACACAGAGUGAGUCAGCAGGUGCAGAAGAGGAGCAGGGAAGAGAGGUUCUCUAGCCCCAGGUCACCCCAUCAACGUGAAAUAGCCCAUCUCAAACAGGGCACAGCACCCAGGGCAGGCUGUGUGUCCCUGCAGGCUCUUCAGGCUCCUGCCUCCUAAUCUGACUUGAGCUCACUUGCCCUCCCUGAGUCCUUCCAAUCUCAUUUCCCCCCUAGAAUCCACCUCUGGUGCUUCUGCGUGCAUCAGUCAUUCUGCAAUAUGUUAUACUUGGUACAAAGCAACCUUUCUUCUGAGACAUCUCAUUCGAGCCAAAUACACGCUAUGUUCACCAGUCUGUUGUACUGAAGACAAUAAAGCUUUGAAAAUACUUAGUUAUCCUCUCCUUUAAAGGUCACCCCUAUUUAGCAAGUGCUAUCUGUUGUUGCACUGACCUUCUCAAGGCAACAUCUGCGUGUGUCAAGAGUUCAUUGCUGCUCACACUCACGCUGGCUCUGACACUGGAACAGUCUGUCAGGGGAGCAGCAGGUGGGGGAACUGACCGGAGCUCUCCAUCCCAGCCGUGCAGCAGGUUCCUGCGGGGAAGAUGGCCUCUUACCCAAGCUGGAGUGGUGUGACAUGAUCACUGUUCACUGGAACCUGCACCUCCAGGGAUCAAGUGACCUUCCCCACUCUGCCAUCCAGGUAGCUGGCACAAAAUGCGCGCCACCACACCCAGGUAACUUUUUGUACUUUUAGUCGAUAUGAACUUUCACCACGUUGCCUAGGCCGAUCUCCAACUCCUGGACUCAAGCAAUCCCCUCGCCUCGACCUCUCAAGGUGCCAGGAUUACAGGCAUGAGCCAUGCACCCGGCCCACCUGAGCAUGUCGAAUGCUUGUGAAAAUCGGGUUAUCCAACACAAUAGAGUAUGUCCCUGAUUUAUUUCUCUGCUUCAGACCAGGAGCUGAGGAAUGAUGCCACCACUACCACCAACCACCUGUGAGCUCGCUUCUCUGUGUUUCACAUUAAUAAAUGCACAUAGAAAAGUCCAGCAUAACAUGUAUCUACUGAUACCCUGCGUCAGGCAGCCCUUGAGACUUCCCUAAAAUGACAGACAGUGUUUGGGACCUCUCAGGACUCUUAUCCUUCCACAUGCACAAACAGAUGCCAGAACUGCCUGGCAUAACGACGAGUUCUACCAGGGCCGCCUGGUGACCCACUGCAUCAACCCUCCUCCCAUUUCCGGAGUUCAAAUUUGCUUCUUCCAUUUGGGAGACUGAGAGCCUGGGAAAUCCAUCUCUGCACCAUCUCUGUCUGAGGAGUGAGGAUAUGACAUUUACCUUCAGGUACAGCCGUGGUGGAGGAUGAAUGGGUGAAUUUAGGUGACAUGUGCAGUAGCAAUUCAAUGUUUUAGACAGUUUUUCUGAAUUUUCUGGGAAAACACGCAUACACUCCCAAAGACAUUCCCAAUCACUCCACAGGGCUGUCUCCUCCAUACCUCACCGCCCUGAGGCACACCACCCUAUUCCAUCUAAAUGGCAGUUCUGCCUCCAGGGACGCGAGAGGAUGGUCAUGGUUCUUUACUGGAUGGACUGAGCGUUUUUUAAACCAAACUGCCCCUAUCUCCUUUCUGUCAGGAAGCUCAAACCAAAGCAGCCCCCCAGCAAAAGCAGGAGAGUGAGUGCCACCUGUUGCCACACUCAAGAUCUUUCCUGAGCGGAGGAGCGCUCCCAGAAUACACACCUUUUUCCUUGGAGGGUUCCUCUGCCUGCAUGGACAGAAAGGAAAACACCGUGAGCUUCAGACCAUCCUGAGGCUUGAGUGUACAGGUCUUUUCUUCAUUGUUGACAUUAGAAGACCAGAUGGGAAAGAGUGUCCAAGUCAAAGGAACACAGAAGAAGAACAGGACAGCUGACUCACGCUAAUGUCGUUCUCGCAGGAUAUUCCCUCUCAAGGUCCUGUGACUUGGCAGUGAAGUGCUUCUGCCCCAAGCACGGAAUCAAGCUGCAGAGGAGGAAGCUCACUGUCACUAAGUGCGUGGCUGGUGCUGCCAUUUUCUCCUCCUGUCUUAAAUCAAGCCUCAGUGGGGAACAGACUCUCACUCGGAAUUCUCCCCACCAAAGACACUGUAUAAAUCACCUAUGACACAUAGGGUCAGAUUCUCCUACCGUACUGAAAUUCAAAAGGAUAAAGUUGAGAAAUCUUUUCUCCAACCAAACCAGGUGGACUGACCUUCCCCUGUGGUGGCUCCUCCUCAUCUGAGGAUUGGUAGGAGAACUCUUCCAGCACGGUGUAUCCUGUGGGAAGUAAAAGGACACAGAGUGAGUCAGCAGGUGCAGAAGAGGAGCAGGGAAGAGAGGUUCUCUAGCCCCAGGUCACCCCAUCAACGUGAAAUAGCCCAUCUCAAACAGGGCACAGCACCCAGGGCAGGCUGUGUGUCCCUGCAGGCUCUUCAGGCUCCUGCCUCCUAAUCUGACUUGAGCUCACUUGCCCUCCCUGAGUCCUUCCAAUCUCAUUUCCCCCCUAGAAUCCACCUCUGGUGCUUCUGCGUGCAUCAGUCAUUCUGCAAUAUGUUAUACUUGGUACAAAGCAACCUUUCUUCUGAGACAUCUCAUUCGAGCCAAAUACACGCUAUGUUCACCAGUCUGUUGUACUGAAGACAAUAAAGCUUUGAAAAUACUUAGUUAUCCUCUCCUUUAAAGGUCGCCCCUAUUUAGCAAGUGCUAUCUGUUGUUGCACUGACCUUCUCAAGGCAACAUCUGCGUGUGUCAAGAGUUCAUUGCUGCUCACACUCACGCUGGCUCUGACACUGGAACAGUCUGUCAGGGGAGCAGCAGGUGGGGGAACUGACCGGAGCUCUCCAUCCCAGCCGUGCAGCAGGUUCCUGCGGGGAAGAUGGCCUCUUACCCAAGCUGGAGUGGUGUGACAUGAUCACUGUUCACUGGAACCUGCACCUCCAGGGAUCAAGUGACCUUCCCCACUCUGCCAUCCAGGUAGCUGGCACAAAAUGCGCGCCACCACACCCAGGUAACUUUUUGUACUUUUAGUCGAUAUGAACUUUCACCACGUUGCCUAGGCCGAUCUCCAACUCCUGGACUCAAGCAAUCCCCUCGCCUCGACCUCUCAAGGUGCCAGGAUUACAGGCAUGAGCCAUGCACCCGGCCCACCUGAGCAUGUCGAAUGCUUGUGAAAAUCGGGUUAUCGAACACAAUAGAGUAUGUCCCUGAU